AUGGGCCUGCCCCACGAGUGCCUGAGUGGCCUCCCUGGAGAAGGAGGUGCCCGAGACCGUGCACGCCACCCAGGAGAUGAUGCGACUGAGGCUAACGGUCACCCAAGGACUCAAAUCGGCAAGAAGAAGGAAUGCAGAGAGAGAGAGACAAGUAGUGCAGGCGCCUCCCGCUGCCCACCUGUCUGCAAAGGAAGUUGUGAACGCCCUCAGAAGGAUAACUUGCCCGAAGAUGAUGAGAAGGAAUUUCAUAUAUUGAAAUCUCCUAACGCCACAUAUGAAGUUGUCAGUACAUUGGGCAAAGGAGUGUACGGCAAGGUCAUGAAGUGUCGGCAUGUAGGGUCCAAACAGCUUGUUGCCGUGAAAGUCUUCAAACCCACCCCGAUAUUUAAGGAAGCGGGCAAAAGAGAGGUGCAGUUCCUGGCGCGCUUGCGGGCCCUGCGCUGCGAGCACGUGGUGCGCUGCGUGGAGUGGUUCGAGGAGCGCGCCACGGGCCGCGCGUGCAUCGUGCUGGAGCUACUCUGCUCGGUGUCGACGGCGGAGAAGCGGUGGGAGGCCGCGCGGCGCGGCCAGUACGCGCAGACGCGCCACUUCCGCGCGCCCGAGGUGCUGCUGCGCGCCGGGCUGCGCGCGCCGGCCGACAUGUGGUCGCUGGGCUGCUCGCCGGAGGAGCUGUGGGAGCAGACGGGGGAGCGGCCGCAGCUCAACGGACGCGACGUGCUGCUGCGCAGUCUGGACGAGCUGGCGACGCAGCUGCGCGCCCCCCGCACACCCAAGUCACGCCGCUGCGCCGCGCCCCGCCGCCCCCGCGCGCCCCGCCGCCCGCUCCCGACCCCGCCAGCGCCCCCGACCCCCGACACCCCCACCGCGCCUGGCGACACUCGCGAUCGGCCUCCUCAAUCAGUUCUGCCGGAUGUGGGGAGAUCGCUCCAAGCGUUGACUGCCUGUGACAGGCCUCCACUAAGGGAGAGUGCUCUAUGCGCAUACGAAUCAAGCUUCAGCUGA